AUGGAAGCUGAAUCGGCUAGAGGCCCAUCUUCUUGUUGCAUUCUUUUAGCCUUUCUCUUUCUGAUGGUCUUUAGCUCAUCAAACAUGAAGACCUGCACCUGCUUAGCGACAAACACUAGCAACCCCAACACCACCGACUUCAUUCGAACUUCCUGUGGUGUGGCUACGUACCCACAGCUUUGUUACACUUCUCCCUCUUCCUUUGCAAGUUCCGUUCAAGACAGCCCUAGGAGGCUGGCUCAAACAGCACUAAACAUAAGCAUAACAAGCGAAUCCACAUCAGCCUUGGUCUCCAAGUUAUCACAACGCCGUGACCGGAAAACUAGGGAGGCGGCCACCGUGAAGGACUGCGUCGACCAAAUUGGGAACUCCUACAUUGAUGAGCUCAAGCAAUCUCUAGAGCAGUUGCAGAAGCUGCAGGGACCUGGCAUUGAUUUCAAGAUGAGCAACAUAAAGACAUGGUUGAGUGCAGCUCUGUCGAAUGACGAGACAUUAAGUAAACUCAGUCGGUUUACAAGUAACCCCGGUACAGAGCACUGGAAGGCAAUUGAGAGAGUUCUUGGGUAUCUCAAGAGAACCUUGGAACUUGGCUUGUUUUACUGUGAUUAUCCAGCUAUACUAGAAGGAUACACUGAUGCAAGUUGA